AUGGCAGAAAAAAGAAAAACUAAGAAACGCAAAGAGGAGUUCGGUGAACCCCCCGAAUCUGAAAAGGCGACUAGUGAAGAGUAUGCGGUCGCUAAGUGGCUAAAAGCGAAUGUUCCGACGAAGAAAACGAAAUUUUUAAACCACCACGUCGAGUAUUUUACAGGUGCAAAGGCAGUAGACGCUCUCCUGACAUCGAAAUGGGCGACGGCCAAGAACCCACUGUUCACAACUCGACUCGAUGUUACGGAUUUCCUCCACCAGAUGUUACUACACAAGUUAUUCCACAGGGCUAAAAAGGUACCAGUGAGUGAACAAGAGUUGAGAGGCAAAUCCAAGAAGAAGGAUGUGGAGAAGUCGAGCAAAAGUGGUGAUGAAAAGGAUGGAGAUAAGGCAAGCGCUUCAGAAGGCAAAGACAAGGACAAAGAGAAAGAGAAGAAGAAACGCAAGAUACGUCUCGAGAUGCAUUUGGAGCAAGUGUUUUUGGACAGUCUGGACGCGUACGUCUGGAUCUACGACCCAAUACCCUGGUACUACUGGCUGUGUGGGGCACUCGUUGUCUUCGGAACUAUCGGAAUAUGCAUGUUCCCGCUGUGGCCUGCUACCGUCAGAAAAGGCGUGUACUACUUAAGUAUCGCGGCAGCAGCUUUUCUCGUCCUGAUAAUAGUGUUAGCGGUGCUCAGAGUGGUCGUAUUCUGUUUGGUCUGGGUUUUGACCCUCACAAGACACCAUCUCUGGCUGCUUCCCAAUCUGACCGAGGAUGUGGGAUUCUUAGCGUCUUUCUGGCCUUUGUAUAAAUACGAAUACCGCGGCCCCGGUUCAGAGACUGACAAGAAGAGUAAGAAGAAGAAAAAGAAAGACAAGCAGUCUGAUGACGAGGAAGAAAAGACUCCAUUGGUGCAAGCAGAGACGCAGCAAGAAGUUGCACCCGCCACUGAUAAUACGGAUACUGGGGAUUUGAAAGAGGAACCACCGGAAAGCACGGCCACAGAACACGCGGAGAAACAUUCAGAAUCGGACACGGAUAAUAGCCAACGGUCGUCCACAGAUAGGGACUUCGAGAUCGUCAACUCGGACGACCUUGAACCGGAAGUACGCACUUAG